AUGGAUAGCAAUAACUUGCGGUUUAAAGAUGUCACGAGUGCCUUACUUGUGAUGUUAAAUUCUCACAUGGCUCUGAACAGCGGUAAUAAAGUCUCGUUGUACAUCGCAAAUAGUUUUUAUCAUGGUGCAAAGUUAGUCUUUCCAUCAUUUGAUGAUGAUGAUAAUGAUGAUUCUCAAAGUCCUAAUAGUAAAGAGAAAGUUGAUGAUAAUUCAUCUUUAGAAGAAGAGAAGGUUAAUGAGAUAGUAAAGAAAAAGCGAUCAAGGCAAAGAAAAGUGAAUGCUAGCCGAAUCUUAGAAACCACUGGAAUUUAUAGGCAAUUUCGAAUUAUAGAUGAGACUAUUGUUGACUCUUUAGAUAAGAUUAUUAAAAAUGAACCUUCAAAUCUCAAGUCACUAGUCGGGAAAGGUGAAACGCAUAUUAAAGGAACUUUAUCCGGAGCACUUUCACAAGCUUUAAGUUAUAUUAACAGGUUUCAAAAUUCAGAUGAACAUUCUGGUAUGAAAGCGCGGAUAGUGUGCAUUAGCGUAAGUGGAGACAACACAUUACCUUAUGUGUCUAUAAUGAACUCAAUUUUUGCAGCACAAAAGCAGAAGGUGUCCGUUGAUGUUUGUAAGUUAGGUCCAAAUUCAACUUUUCUCCAGCAAGCAUCGGAUUCUACAAAUGGGGUAUAUAUAUAUAUUAAGCAUCCGCUUGGUUUAAUUCAGUAUUUAUCCACCGCAUUGUUUAUUGAUCCGAUGCUAAGGCCAAUGGUUGUUCUCCCCACAAAUACAAAUAUUGAUUUUAGAGCAUCUUGCUUUAUAACCAACAAAGUCGUGGAUAUUGGUUACGUCUGCUCUGUUUGCUUAUGCAUUUUAAGUGUAAUACCUGAGGACGAAAUUUGUCCCACAUGUCACUCAAAGCUAGAUCAUGACCUAAUUGUUAUGCUUAAGAGAAAGCCUAGAGUAUUACCCUUACUCAAAAAGGCAAAAAGAAAAAGAAACUCUUCUACUCCGGAUAUAAACCCGGUUAAAAAAUUCAGGGAGAAUUAA